UUACAGCAGCCUCUUCUCUAGUGAAGUUGAGCAGGAUGGUGACAGAACAGCUGAAUUACAAUAUAGAUCGAUUCUUCUUUUGGACUGACAGCACUUCAGUCUUAAGGUAUAUCGCAAACAAGAAUUUGCGCUUUCACACGUUCGUAGCUAACCGCAUUGCUCUUAUCCACGAAGCUACGUCGGAAGAUGACUGGUAUUACAUCAACACUAAGGAGAAUCCAGCUGAUGUUGCAUCAAGAGGAACGAGCAUUUCGAAGUUGCCUGACUCGUGGACUCGUGGACCAAUGUUCCUCUGGAAAUCCGAACGUGAAUGGCCCGUUGUGGAAAAGGACGUUAAGAUCACGGAUAAAGAGAAUGAUCCUGAAAUAAGGACGACUGCGUGCGCUACAUCAGUUGUUUUAGACACAAACAGUGGUGUCGAAAAUCUUUUCGACUAUUACUCCAACUUUAAUAAGCUUAGGAGAGCUACUGGAUGGCUUAUGAGAGCUAUGGACAACCUGCAGGGAGCUGUUGAGAGGAGCCGGCAGAUAAAACAGGACAUCAGCAGUUCAGAAUCUGAUCCUGUGAAACGCGACCAGAAAAUAAAGUUAGCAUUGUCGAAAGAGAGACAGGAUAGACUUCUCAAAGGACAGAAAAACCUUCGUACAGCGUGCCUGUCUGUGGAUAUUCUGGAACGAGCUGAAGCCGCGUUGAUUAAGUAUGAGCAACGAAAGUACUUCGCAGCCGAAAGCAAGAUCCUUCACCAGGACAAUGGUGUUCAGUCGCGAAAACUCAAGAAGACUUCGAAAUUAUUCAAGAUGGACCCCUUUGUUAAAGAUGGUGUCAUUCGCGUAGGAGGUCGUCUUGAAAGAGCUGAAAUUUCGUAUGAUGCAAAACACCCCGUGGUGUUGCCUAGGGAAUCUGUCGUAUCGAGACUCGUUGUGGAUGAUGCCCACAGAUCAUGUGGUCACUUAGGAAAGAACACUGUUCUUGCAUUCAUUCGAGAAAAAUAUUGGAUUGUUGGUGCUCGCACUCUGGUGAAAUCUAUUCUUUCCAAAUGUGUGACUUGUAGGAAAUACAGAGCUCCAUGUGUUGAGCAAAAGAUGGCAAACUUACCCGCAGAGCGACUCGCAGCUGAUCAGCCUCCUUUCAGCAGAACUGGGAUGGACUUCUUCGGACCCUUUGAACUGAAACGUGGAAGGAGUGUGGUAAAGCGAUAUGGGGUAUUGUUUACCUGUCUUGUGACUCGUGCGGCCCAUUUAGAAGUUGCUGCGUCGCUCGAUACAGAUUCUUGCAUCAACUCCAUUCGACGAUUUAUCGCUCGCAGAGGAAAACCUGUAUUUAUUAGAUCGGAUAAUGGAACCAACCUUGUCGGUGCUCAACGAGAAAUGAAGGAAAAUAUUCAGAAAUGGAACACAGACAAAAUUCGUGAUAACAUGUUGCAGAUUAGCAUUCAGUGGGAAUUCAAUCCUCCCUCCGGUUCUCACUUCGGCGGAGUCUGGGAAAGACUCAUUAGGUCUGUGAGACAGGUGUUGUACUCUGUUAUGCAUGAGCAGAAUGCGAAACUGGAUGACGAAGGACUUCAGACACUCUUUUGUGAGGUAGAGGCUAUCUUAAAUGGACGCCCGUUAACUGAAGCAUCGGAUAACGUAACUGACCUACGGGUUUUGACCCCAAACCAUCUGCUAUUGCUUCAGCCUGGAGAGUAUUUCCCACCUGGAACAUUCGUCGCCACGGAUAACUAUGCCAGAAGGAGGUGGAGACAGAUACAGUACCUUUCAGAUAUUUUCUGGAAUAGGUGGACCAAGGAAUACUUACCGCUUCUGCAAGGACGCCAGAAAUGGAUGAAGAAACGACGUAAUAUGCAGACUGGAGAUCUUGUGCUGAUCGCUGAUAGUACACCUAGGCAUGCGUGGAUAACCGGUAGGAUUCAGGAAGUUGUGAAAGACAAACAUGACAUUGUGCGAUUCGUGAAGGUUAAGACCCCUUCCAAUGUGUUAACGCGUCCAGUGACCAAACUCGUGCUCUUGCUCGAGUCAGACAUUGAGUAAUGGAUACGGUGAACGCUUGAGUGAAAGGACAAUUCGAACUAGAAUAUCAGAUGUACUUUUGUAAUUGUAAUUAUUUUGUGAUUAAGCAUAAUGAUUUAAUUGAUGUGUUUGAUGGUUAUUAGGCCGUUUUUGCGAAUUGAUAAUCUCGGUUGAAGCCUCGAUUAAGGGGCCGGUAUGUUACGGCCUAAAUGUUAGUUUUAUGUUGAAUUUAUUGUUUAGUUUCGUUUGUGGUAAUUUUGUUAAGAUUCCGGAAAAUACGGUUAUCCGGUUUCCGGUUUUAGUAUAGACGAAUAUUAUGGGAUAGCGUUAUCCAAGCGCAGCACAUGUUUUGAGUAUGAGAAGAUUCGUUCGGACUAUCGUAGGAUACGAUACGUCAAUCUAUCUACGUAGAACUAUCAUUGAGUCACUACACCUGUAAUGUACAUGUAUGUAGUUGAAUUGAUGUCAAAGAUAAUAAACACAGAUGAAGCCAGGAAGAUGGAAUUGACCUCAUUUAUUAUUACGAUAGCCAGAAC